UAUUUUUUAUUUUUUGGCCAUAACCAAGCAACCGAUUUGAUAUUAUGUUCUAGUUGUUGCUAGACAACAUCAAAAAUAUAUAGAAAAGUAGAAAAUAAACAGCUUUAUCGAUGCUUCACCACCGCGACCCAAUAGCGGCAGCAGCUGCAGUCAGAAACAGUAACAACACAAUGUCGGGAAACCGCACUAUUUUGAAACAUGGCUCGGUGACGGCUCGUCAUCGUCAGACUCGUAUUAAUCGACUCACUCGACAUAGUUGCUUUACUUUAAAGCGUCCAACGAUAUUUCAUUUGCGUAAGUCUUUGGUGGAUUAUGUGGACGAGGAUUUGCGUGAUAUGGAAACGUCGGUGUUCUAUCAGCGAAUAUUUAUCUUGGCUAAGAAUAUACAUCCAGGACAACGUCAGGUCAAUCCUCAAGCCGCUGUUCCCUAUCCCAGCGCAAUGGGUAGUCAAGGUCUAGCAGAUGAGGCACGUUUUAGUGUAAAUACUCAAUUAACUGUCGCCGGAUCAAUACAAGCCGAAUCAAUGGAGGGACAAGUGCAAGAUGGGACUGCUGAGCUGCCAACGGACCUGGCCGAAGAUACGCUCCAAGCCGAUGGUGACGAAAGUUCGAAUGCCUCCUCACCGGAGGGAUCACAGAUAAAGACUUUGAAUCUAAAUGAAGAUGAGUUUGAGGCCGAGGGACGUGGUAAUAGUGAGACAAGUGCUGGGGCCCAGAAUGCAGCCGGAGAUUUGGAGAAUAUUGAGACAGUAACCCACACAUAUCGCUUUGAUGAGGAAGAGAAUACUAUGCCAGAGGAUGAGGACGAAGAGGAGCCAGACUUGGAACAAAUGGAAGAGACCAAUAUGCCGAAAGAUUUUUACGCUUUGUUUCAAGAGCGUUUGCAUGAACUGCACAAGAAAUGCUUCGCUCAAACUUUCACUCCAGAUCCGAUGUGCGGAUUGUUUCUCUAUAUGGGUGACUAUAGCAUGCUAAUGCUAGAGACCGGUGAGGAUAUGAUGGGCAUGUUCUGCCGUGAAUUGGUUAACUGUUUGCCGGAGUUCUGGUCCAGUAAUCGGGUAUUUCUAAUCGAAGAUCAUAUUAAAGAGUUAUAUACCAAAGAACUGAUUUCUCGCCGCAUUCCUGCUGCCUAUAUCAAUGAGAAAUUUCCCACAUCAACCCCCACAGAUGAGUAUCUGAUGGGAAAGCAGCAUAUGAUCAUUAAGGAGAAACUAACAACGAUUUGCACACUGAUAAAUGAGAGUACACGCCAGGAUCACCAUUUCGAAACAUCGUCACAGAUUAGCACCGAUGAGGACGAGGAUUUGACGCAUCGUAGCAUAAUAACCGCUGGGAAUAGCAAAUCGAUAGUUGGCACGGUGACCGAUGUGUUGCCCGUGGAUACUUAUCGUAGACUGUUGCCGGAGAUACAGCGCAUAGAUCUGGUAUUGGCCUCGACACGUUUCUAUUACACAUUGACUGAGUUCACAAAUAUCUAUGGCCAUUCACCAUCAGCUCCCGACGAUGAUAGUCUAUUCUGGCCCAUUCAGAAUCAGUAUACGCCGCCGAACAUUUUUAUGCGUACACCAUUCGAUAUAAAUCUGACAUUUUCCGAUUAUGCAGCUGAAAUGGUGCGUCGUCAAGAGGAGGAGAAAUUUCAGGAGCAACAAAUGCAGGUGACAAUAGGAUCAGUCGAUGAUAUAAAACCUGCCACUCAACAACAACCACAACAGGGAGAUAGGCAUAGUGCUCAACCUUCAGCUAGUGCCGCAGUGGGAGAUGAAAAUCAAUCUCAAGCGCAAGCCCAAUCAGAUGCUCCAUCAUAGUAAACACAUGCUCUGCCACACAUACCCACACACACAUUCAGACACACACACACCCACGUUAACCCUUUUUUCUUGCAGUGUAUUCAUCAUCACUAGCAGCAGUUGUCGCUGUUAUCUCCAAAACUCGCGCUUUGGUUACAAUGUUUUCGGCUUUGUGCACAUGACUGCAUUUCAUUCAAGAGAAGGGAGAGAGACAGAGAGAUCAAGGAGGCUGUAAGAGAGCUGUGGGGGGCGGAGGAUACUGCCUUGUUUUGGCUUGCCACUUGAAUGACUCGACUUUGUUAACAUAAACAUAAAUUUGUGUGGCUCAUACAAACACUCAGUCACACAGACUCACACGCACAUACACACACAUACUUACACAUACACACAUGCGAGUGUGGUAACCAGUUUGGGUUUGGCUUUUAACAUAAACCGCAGCAGACGCCAGCUGUCACAUGUAAUACCGUUAGAGCUUGCAGCUGUCAAAAGCCGUUGCUGCUGCCAUUUUAAGUCACUUGACAGUACAACAGGAGAAAAAAAACCAAGAUCCUAACAAAACCCAUACAUAUAUGCAAAAAUAAAAAAGGCAAAUGUGCUCACGAAAAAUGUUUAUACAGAAAGACAAAAGAAAGUGGUAAUGGCGCGAGGUGUGCUUCAAGAGAAAUGCCAUUCCUUUGAUGUUUAUUUCUCUCUCACUCUCUCUAUAUGUCUGUCUCUUUGUGCAUGGGAAUGUAUAAUAGAUCAAUGUCCAGGUACUAUUACAUUUUUAAUUCACAAAAUAAAUUGCUUUUAAA